GGUCCCUGCGUGCCGCGCAUGCGCACCCCGCAGCGCCCCGCCGCCGCCGCCGCCACAGCCUCCCGUGCCCCCGCCGCCGGUUCGCGCCCGGCCCCCCCCCAGCCCCGGCGCGGCGGGCGGCUGCCGGCACCGCGCGGCUCCAUGGAGGAGCCGCCGGCGCUGCACCCGGUGCAGCUCUACGUGUACGACCUGUCCAAGGGCAUGGCCCGCCGCCUCAGCCCGCUGAUGCUCGGGAAACAGCUGGAAGGCAUCUGGCAUACCUCCAUAAUAGUCCAUAAGGAUGAGUUCUUCUUCGACAGUGGGGGAAUCUCCAGCUGUGCACCUGGAGGAACGCUGCUUGGCCCCCCCGACUUGGUUGUUGACCUGGGGAACACUGAAGUCACAGAAGAAAUUUUUCUGGAAUAUCUGUCUUCUUUGGGGGAAUCUAUGUUCCGAAGUGAGUCUUAUAAUAUCUUUGAACACAACUGCAACACCUUCAGUAAUGAAGUGGCACAGUUCCUGACAGGAAGAAAAAUCCCUUCCUACAUCACUGACCUUCCAUCUGAAGUUCUUGCCACACCUUUUGGACAAGCUUUAAGGCCCCUCCUGGACACCAUCCAGAUCCAGACACCUGGAGGAAAUGCCUUCAGCAGACAUAAUGGACAGAGCUAACAGGAGUGACCCAUUGUGUCCAGCCUCACCAUGCCUCUUCCUUUUUAAACACGAAUCUACCAGAUUUCUAUUUUAUAAUUUCCCAUCAGAAUUAACUCUAUGGAAAUUACAGGACCAGUUUUAAAAUUUCCUAGGGAGAGGGUUAUCAGGGUGCAUGUAAGACAAUGCUACCAAAAAGAUUGCCAUAAUUUCUAAUAGUAUUCUACUAAUUUAUAAAGGCUGUCUUGCCUGGGUUAGGCUGACAUUUUCUAAAUAACUCCCGUGCUGGUAAGUGGGAAUUCAUUCCAUGAACAUUCAAGCACCCAUUACACAUUUUGAAUUAAAGGGGAUGUCCUAGCCAUCCCUUGCAGGCUCGCAUCUCUUUCUCUUGUCACUGCCUGUGUUCUGGGGGUAUUUGCUGAAGUCUGUAGCAAGAAGACAAAGGAAGUAUUUGUAGCCUAGGAAGUGAAGGUGUCCCGGUACUAGUCUUACGUGUAUUUCAUUAACGUUGUGUUAUUCGCUCAGGGGACAAGCUCAACUCAUCUGAUUAGAGUAUUUGCAAUGGCACAGCUGAGUGGAAAGGGUGGCCUAGCUGAGCUAGUCAGCAUCACUUUCAAAGCUGAAACUUCCAAUGGAAUUAGCUGUGGGUGGGUGGGAGGCUGCAAAUGAAAAUUACCAGGAGCCUCAUAAGGCGAGAUCCAGGUGUUAAGGGAGAGAACCAGCUGAAAGAACAGAACCUCAUGAGCAAAUUUUAGGUGAAAGUAAGCUUCCUUUUCUCUCAAACAAGCUUGUCAGCAGAUGGAUAGAAUCGUGUUAACUUUUACCUUUGCUCAGGAACUGUUUUUUCCUCACUAAGCCAGAGUUACAGUACAGUGAGGCAGGAAUAGCAUGGCAGCUGCACAAUAAUGAGAGGUAGGCCAGUUCUACCUUCAGUAUCUAGUUGCAGACGGAGUAGGAGUUCCAGCUUUCUCUGAUAUUGUUGCCCUUUCCAAAGCAGUCAAGUACAUCCCAGAGAGUGCUCUGCUUAAGUGAAAGAAAUAAGUGGUAGGUCUUCCGAGAUUUGAAGAAAAUGAGGAAUGGUAAAGUUAAGCUUUUCUGUUGAACAGUUGAGUUGAUUGGGAUGCAUGGAGAAGCAGUCCUAUCCUUAGAUUGACAUUAGAUUGUAUCAAUACUACAUCUUCUAAUUUAAGGUUCUCAUAGCUUUGCAAUUAUUUGCAGUGGGGAAAAAAAAAAUCAGGGGAAGGAAAGAUGAGGCACAUUGAUUUCUUUUCAUGCGUGUAUAUACACUGUUUUCCUGAGCAAUUCUGUAGAAAGUACACUUAGGGAGGAGCACAAGAAAGAUAUCGGGCAAACCCCCAAAACAUUGCUGGUGUUCCAUAAAUGGGGAUUGCACAUCCCAGAUACUGCUGAAGAAAGCAUCUAUGCAAAGUAUAGCCCUUGGUUCCAGUGCUUUGUUGUGCAAACAAUUGCUGCAAGCUCAGUCCUGCAUCUCAAACUUCCCGUAUACCUAAAGGAGAUGUCUUUCCUCUGCUGGGCUAUCUUUCUCCCAGAGUAAUAUGGUUUAAUAUGUUUCUCAUGCUGUUAUUUUUGUGGGGAUGAAAUGGAAGAAACCCACAGUUCAGUCACUCUGUCAAUUACUCUGUUGCCCUGCACCUUGUAGAGUCACUACACGAGUGGAAGUCGGGUACUGUCAGUCCCUUUGGCAGUUGUGUGUAGCUGCUCUGAGUGCAGGUGGCCUUUGUAGCCCAGAAUGUUUUUUGUUGUCAGUGGUGAUUUUUUUCCUUCUGUCAUUCUCUGCUCGUGCCAUCAGCUUCUUAAGUGUUUCAUUUGGCAGACUGGACUAGGAGACAACCGUAGCAGUUAGUACAGAUGCAAAAGCUUGAUACAGUUUCCAGUCUUUCACCAUCAAACCAUUAUGCAGAGAGCAUUCUGUAGUCAAUUAUUUACCAUACAGCACCUUUCGGUGCUUCUGGAGAAGGUAUUGGUAAGUGUUUGUUUUCUGGUGAGCCACAGCAUAGUUUUCCUGUUGUCUGUGUAAUCCCCUCCAGACUCCUUCCAUGCCUAUUUUGUGAAGAGUAACCAGUCUCUCAUCCAAGUACAGACAUGACUAUACCACAAAACACAAUAGCACUUUAGAGAUCUUGGAGCUUCCUCAGUCGAACAGGUAUACCGAAGCUGAUACGAUGCAGCACAACAUCUGGGUAUGCUAGUUUGGUACCCACAAGGAGCACAGCUGUGGUUGUUUCUUUCAGCAAACUAUCACUUCAGGUACAGCCAUCUGCUGGUACAGCUGUUCUGCAAGGGAAGCACAGGCACCAUGGUCUCUAGUACCACAGUCUCUACCCCAUGUUUUGUUGCAUGACAAGUGUGUCCACUUCAGAGGUCCUGAGCCUGGUUUCUGCUUCAGGGCCUUUUCCUUUCCUGCCUCCUGACAGGAUGUAAGAGGUUCACCCCAGGCAUUUUGCAGUCUGCUUUUUCCCCUCCUGAGCGGCCCUGUUGCAGAGAGAAUGCUGCUACUUGAGUAUCAGUGGGUAAAAUUUCCCUCAGACACAUUCUGUUUGCGGUAACUGUGGUACUCUCAAAGGAGCUCCAGAGGGUCUCCUUGUCUCUGGACCUACUCUGCGUAUUGUGGCAAAGGAACUAUAGGAGCGGAUCCUGUUUGUUUGAUCUUACUGGGUAAUGAGACCCUUGUACCCUGUAGGCCUCUUAAGAAAUGCAUUUUCUCCAAAGAUGGUUACGUGUCAAUUGCAGGUCUGUGCACCCAACAUUCCUCCCAGCCAUACCUACUCAUACGUACAUAAACUAGAAUGAAAAAUGUAUGUAAGUGUAUAUAGGUGGCAAACUUCAGCCAGCUGAUUGACAAAGGGGGAGCAGGGAAGCUGAACUCCUGAAGGGGAGCAGAACCCUUUUGCCCACACUUAUUGUUCUGUCAAGCAUUGCUGGGGUUCCACCAUGACAUUUUUAAAAUGUUAAUAACAUCUUUAGACAGAAAGUGAUGUUUUGAUUUUUUUCUAUUACAAUAAAAAAGUACA